AUGGAAACCUCCCCAGACGCGCUCAUUGACGGAUUUUCAUCCGAAUCCACGGUUAUUCGAGCAAUCAGGGAGAUUGGGUAUGGGAGUCUUGCAGGCAUGGUCUCCAAAGUCUUCGAACACCCUUUCGACUUGACGAAAGUCCGUCUACAAUCCCAAGUUCUCGAUGCCACUGCUCGUUUCAGUGGGCCCAUCGAUUGUCUGACUCAAACGUGGAAGAAAGAGGGUGUGAGAGGGCUGUACCGGGGCCUCCCAGCACCCAUUGUAGGCGCCAUGGCUGAGAACGCCUCUCUCUUUUUGACCUACGGAGAGUUUCAAAACGCGAUCCGAUUGGUGACGCAUCGUCCACCGGAGGAGAAACUGCCUUUAUACCAUCUAGCCUUGGCAGCUGCUGGAGCCGGAGCUUUUACGAGUUUUCUUCUCACACCUAUCGAACUGGUCAAAUGCAAGAUGCAAGUACAAAUGCUCGUGAACCCAACAGGUGGCUCGUCUCGGUCCCUUCCUGGUCCAAUAUCGGUUCUUGCCUCGGUGAUACGUACCACAGGCAUCCGUGGCCUCUGGCUCGGCCACACUGGUACACUCAUUCGAGAGACUGGUGGGACGGCAGCGUGGUUUAGCACGAAGGAAUAUGUCGCCUCGCUCCUCCUCGCCAGACGCCACCGACGUGAAGUAAACGAUAGUUCUGUCCCAACCAGUGCCAAUUCGACGGAGCUUCGCCCGUGGGAGUCAGGAGUAUCAGGUGCUUGUGCUGGAGCUGCAUUCAACCUUGCUCUGUUCCCGGCCGACACUGUCAAGAGCGCGAUGCAGACUGAGGAAGAGCUCCGCCCAACGACGGGGAGGAAUGGCCCGAAGCCGACCUUUGGGGGCACAUUCAUGGCGAUGUACCGUGCACAGGGGAUACGUGGGCUAUAUGCCGGCUGUGGAAUCACGGUGGCAAGGAGUAUACCCAGCAGUGCGAUUAUCUUUUUGAUUUACGACGGACUGAAGAAACAAUUUGGAUAG